GCGGCCCGACCCACUCGCCGCCUCCCCCUCCGAGGCCGGGGUGGCUGGACCGGCCCCGGGGGGAAGCGGCGGGCAGCUCUGUGGAGGCGACCCCGGACGCGCCGAGCAGCUCCCUGGAGCCGGGAGGCGGCGGGAGAGCUUCGGUGACCCGGGCUGGAUUCCUAAGCCGAAAGACGCGCCACUCGACCUUCCCCUGUAGCCCAACUUGCAGCGACGCCCCCAAGUUCUGGCUGCCUGGGCCCCCCUUCCUCCUGGGUCAGGCGCGGUCACAGCAGGAAACCCCGCCGGACGCUGCUGCUCUCGCUCCCGACAAUGUGAAAACAUUUGCAUCUUCAGAUAGUCUAGCAAAGGUCCAAGAAGUAGCAAGCUGGCUUUUGGAAAUGAAUCAGGAACUGCUGUCUGCUGGCAGCAAGAGACGGCGAACUGGUGGGUCUAUUCGUGGUAAUGCUUCCUCCAGCCAAGUGGAUGAGGAACAGAUGAAUCGAGUUGUGGAGGAGGAGCAGCAGCAACAGUUACGGCAACAAGAGGAGGUACAUGUUGCAAGGAAUGGAGAAAUAGGUGGAGGGGAGCCUGGACUUUGCCACAGAAAUGAAUCCCAGCAAGAGCAGUUAGAAGAGAACAACAACAGGUUUAUUGCAGUGGAUGAAGAAUAUUCUGGUAACCAAGAAGAGGAGGAAGAUGAUGAACAUGCUGGUGAACAGGAGGAAGAGGAGAUGGAGGAAGAGGAGGAAAUGGACCAGGACAGUGAUGACUUUGAUCAGUCUGAUGAAAGCAGCAGAGAUGAUGAACACACCACUAGUAAUAGUGUUACAAAUUCAAAUAGUAUCAUGGACUUAGCAAUACAUCAGCAGUCAUCACCAUUCUACAUAAAAUCAAAGAUGAAGAGAAAGUUGGACCAUGGCUCCGAGGUCCGUUCUUUCUCACUUGGAAAGAAACCCUGUAAAGUCUCAGAAUAUACAAGUACUACUGGGCUUGUGCCUUGCUCAGCAACGCCUACUACUUUUGGAGACCUGAGAGCAGCCAAUGGUCAAGGACAGCAACGGCGCAGAAUUACAUCCAUACAGCCACCAGCAGGACUUCAGGAAUGGCUGAAAAUGUUUCAGAGCUGGAGUGGACCGGAGAAGUUACUUGCCUUAGAUGAAUUGAUUGAUAGUUGUGAACCAACACAAGUGAAACAUAUGAUGCAAGUGAUAGAGCCCCAAUUUCAACGGGACUUCAUUUCUUUGCUCCCCAAAGAGUUGGCACUCUACGUGCUUUCAUUCCUGGAACCUAAGGAUCUGCUGCAGGCAGCACAGACAUGUCGAUACUGGAGAAUUCUGGCAGAGGACAACCUUCUGUGGAGAGAGAAGUGCAGGGAGGAGGGGAUUGAUGAACCCUUACAUAUAAAGAGAAGGAAAGUAAUAAAACCAGGCUUCAUUCAUAGUCCAUGGAAGAGUGCUUACAUCAGACAGCACAGAAUUGAUACUAACUGGCGGCGAGGAGAACUUAAAUCUCCUAAGGUGCUCAAAGGUCAUGACGAUCAUGUGAUUACGUGUCUACAGUUCUGUGGUAACCGAAUAGUUAGUGGCUCAGAUGAUAAUACAUUAAAGGUUUGGUCAGCGGUUACGGGAAAGUGUUUAAGAACGCUUGUUGGACAUACAGGUGGAGUUUGGUCAUCUCAGAUGAGGGACAACAUAAUCAUCAGUGGGUCCACUGACCGAACACUUAAAGUAUGGAAUGCAGAGACUGGGGAGUGUAUACAUACGUUAUAUGGACAUACUUCCACUGUGCGUUGUAUGCAUCUCCAUGAAAAAAGAGUUGUCAGUGGAUCUCGAGAUGCCACCCUGAGAGUUUGGGACAUAGAGACAGGCCAGUGUUUACACGUUCUGAUGGGUCAUGUAGCUGCAGUCCGAUGUGUACAGUAUGAUGGCAGGAGGGUUGUUAGUGGAGCAUAUGAUUUUAUGGUGAAGGUAUGGGAUCCAGAAACUGAAACCUGUCUACACACCUUGCAAGGCCAUACUAACAGAGUGUAUUCAUUACAGUUUGAUGGUAUCCAUGUAGUGAGUGGGUCUCUGGACACUUCAAUCCGAGUUUGGGAUGUGGAAACGGGAAACUGUAUACACACAUUAACAGGCCACCAGUCAUUAACAAGUGGGAUGGAACUCAAGGACAAUAUUCUUGUCUCGGGGAAUGCAGAUUCCACAGUCAAAAUCUGGGAUAUCAAAACAGGACAGUGUUUACAGACAUUGCAAGGUCCCAACAAGCAUCAAAGUGCUGUGACCUGUUUACAGUUCAACAAGAACUUUGUAAUUACCAGCUCUGAUGAUGGGACUGUGAAACUUUGGGACUUGAAAACGGGUGAAUUUAUCCGAAAUCUAGUUACAUUGGAAAGCGGAGGGAGUGGAGGUGUCGUAUGGCGGAUCAGAGCCUCCAACACGAAGCUAGUGUGUGCAGUUGGAAGCCGGAAUGGAACUGAGGAAACCAAGCUGCUGGUGUUGGACUUUGACGUGGAUAUAAAGUGAAGCUUGAAAAGAUUAUUUUGUCCAGAAAUGCAAACAUUGUUCUGUCCUCCCCUCCCUCCCUCCCUCCCUCCCUCUGCAAAAUGGAAAAAUAGAAAAACCUUGUCCUUUGGUGGUGCAGGAUGUUGGCUUGGGGCAACAGAUCCUAAAGACCUACAGGCUACGAAGGAAGGAAGAAGACAAAAAGAUGACCAACUGUAACUGACAAGAGGGGCACUUGCUGUCUCCUUACAUCAAAGGCUUCACUUUUGAAUGAGGGGGCAGCUUUGCAAAAGAUGACUUUCUAAAUCAAGCCAGGUGCAAUUGUUUCUUUUUAUUUUUUUUCUCUCAGUGCUCAUUGAGCAUGGUGGAGAUUGAAAAAGUUGCUACAGCUCUUCUUAACCCUGUUCUCUUACCACAAAAAUCUAGAAGGGAGCUUCAUACCUCUGAUAUCGGUUACUGAUUGUCUUUCAAGCAGGAGAGCAUCUGUGGCAGUAAAGAGUCCUUUCUCAUGUGUGGAACAGAUAAAAUCGUACUGUGAAUUGUUUUUUUGUACAGUUUUACAGCUUUUUUUAUUUGCCAACCAUUGCCAAUGUCAAUCACAGUAUUAGCCUCUGUUGAUCUAUUUACUGUUGCUUCCAUCUCUGCUCUUCAAUGCAUAUGUUGCUCUGAGGUGGCGAGUUGUCCGGGGUGUUCUAAGGUUUCCUCAGAUGGUCAAUACAUGAUGCUGGUGCUAGAAGUAGGUCUUCAGCUAUGGGAUUGUUGUCCCGCCCCUGUACUGUAUUCCCAGUGGCCAAACUUAUUUAUGCUGCUAAAUGAAAGAAGAAAAAAAAGCAAAUUAUUUUUAUUUUUUUUCUGCUGUGACGUUUUAGUCCCAGACUGAAUUCCAAAUUUGCUCUAGUUUGGUUACGGAAAAAAAAGACUUUUUUGCCACUGAAACUUGAGCCAACUGUGCCUCUAAGAGGCUGAGAAUGGAAGAGUUUCAGACAAUUUAGAGUGAAGUUUGCUUGCAAGUAAUGAAUCGAGAGUGUGUGCAAAGCUUAUUUUCUUUUCUUUUUUUCUGGGCAAAAAUUAAAACACAUUCCUUAGAACAAAGCUCUUGUAGCCUGUUCUGUGGGGAAACGUUUCUUUGUGAGGGCUGUGGUGAAUGGAAUAAACAGACAUAAUGAAACUGACAAGAUAUUUUUAAAAAAAUAAUACAAAAAUGAAAAUAAAAUUGCUGGUCAGUCUUAGUGUUUUACGGAAUUUGAAGAGAAAUAACUGUUACAGUUUUAUGGCAGUGAAAAACUGACAGAGUGAAAAUGCUUUGGUUUUUGUGGUAAAGUUGUCACACACAAAAAAAAGAAUGAAAAUGUCAUGUGGUUUGCCUCAUUCUCCAAGAGCCACAACUCCAGCUGAACUGUGAAAGUGGUUUAACACUGUAUCCUAGGCGAUCUUGUUUCUCCCCCCCCCUCCUUUUUUGGUUUAUUUAUAGUCUGAUUUUUUUAUUUUAAGAAAUCGGAUUUCAGUUCGUUAAUUUUAGUUAUGUAACAACCUGACAGGAUGGAGAAA